AUGUCACGAGAAAAAGAGAAAACAAAGUUUUUAUUGGAAGCUCUCAAGUACGAUUUGCCAACAAUUUCAAGUCGUUUCUUCGAAGGACAUUGCUAUCGUGGACUGACUAUGGAACGUCCGGAUUUAGAACCGUAUAGAUGGGCACUAGAAAACAAAAAAUGUCAUCUUGAAACGAACACAUUUUGGUCGACAUCAAUCGAUCAAGACGUAGCAACAGCCUUUUCGGGCGAAGGUCAACAGUUGGAACAAAAGCUAGUGAGAGUUAUCAUGGUGUUUCAUUUCAUUUAUCGAUGUUCAACAGCCAUUGCUCUUUUUCGACAACCGUGCCUGUCAUAUUUUGAAGAUGAAAGAGAAGUUCUCAUCCUUCCUGGUACAGUAUUUCGAGUGACAAGAAUUAACAAAGAUGAUGAAGCAACGUUGUACAAAGUAUACCUCGAACAGUUGGAUGUGAGAGAGGAGCUGAGGGACCUACAUGAUGAUAUAAUACAAAGCAGAGUAGAUAAUUUCGUUGAGAAUUUUACUGAUAGUUGA